AUGGAAAGGGUUGAAGAUUGGUUGGCUUUCGCGAAAAGUCGACAAACAUCUGAGUCUGUUUUUCCAAAUGAAAUUGCUUUGGAAGAAGAUAAAACCGUUCUGCGUAAUAUGCAAGAGAUGCUCGAUCAUCUACACGCACAUCUCUCAAAGGAUGGUCAUUCCCAACUGAAGAGGUUAGUUGGAAACUUACAUAAUCCCGAGCAAUCGAAACGUAUGAAACCAGUUUCGCUGGGUGAAUUGAAUACGGCCGAUUUGUGCUUCAUCAUUGCUAUAAUGUUUGAACAACGACUGAGAUUUGUGGACGCGGAAAACGCCGAAUUAAGAAUACUCUUGGAGAGGGCUCAUCAUCGGAUCGGUAGACUUGAGGUAGAGGUUCAUAAUAUGAAACAUCCCAACCCAAAGAACUCGUCUAUAACCGGCCCUCAUCCAAAGAUGUCAACUGUUCAGUAUAAACGGGAGAUGUCAUCUGAUGAGACGAAAACAUCUUGUAAUGAUCAAUGA